ACGGGUGCGGCUGUUCGUGGUGCGCGGUGUGGCCAGUGUUAACGCGUGUGUUGAGUGUUUGUGUGUGCAAGUGGUAAAUCGCUAGUAGGUGGUGUGGUGCGCGCCGCGUUAAUAUUAUUAUAAUUUUUUUUUUUUUUAUAAAUCAUAUUAUUGUACCAUAGUAUAUCAGUGUACCCAGUGCAUGCGUGCGUGUGAUGCGUGCCCGGAAAGCGUCUACCGCAGUCAGCACCAGCAGCAGUCGUCGUACCGUAGUGGUCGCGUUAACGCCGUCGUAGCGCCGCCGCAACAAUGACGUCGUGCAAACGGCCGUGCUGCAGCCGCGGUGUCGCCAACAAGCGUCCGUGCUGCCGAGACGACGGCGGCGGCCCAUCGUCGUCGUCCGGGGCGGCCGGCGGCUCCGGCACGCGGCAGUCGGCCGACUCGCUGUUGGACAUCACCGCCCGGAUAGUGGCCGAGAACAUACCGUUCCAGCGGAUCGAGGAACGGUACAGCCGCAUACCGGAACCGGUGCAGCGACAGAUCAUCUACUGGUCGUUUCCGCGCAACGAACGUGACAUAUUCAUGUAUUCGUCGCUGAUACGCGUGUCCCAGGCCAGUUCGUCGUCGCAGACCUCGGAACAGAGUAACCUGUCGUUCUACAAGGGCCUCAAACUCCUAGAGAGCGGUUGCGUCGAUCGUGUGCUCCAAGUCGGGUUCCAUUUGAGCGGUGUCGUUUGGAAUCAAAGGCCGGGUUCACCGCAGUUUAAUCAUCCUGAUCAAGAGAACAAAAAGCACAAAGUGUCAGUCAGUUUUGACAGGUGUAAGAUAACGUCGGUGACAUGCAGCUGCGAUACGAAAGACAUAUUUUGGUGCCCCCACGUAGUGGCCUUGUCCUUGUACAGGAUACGAAACGCGGACAGUGUCAGGCUCAGGGUCCCGAUAUCAGAAACCCUGUUGCAAAUGGACAGACAACAGCUGCAAAAAUUCGUCCAGUACCUGAUUUCGGAACACCACACCGAAGUUUUGCCGACUGCUCAAAAGCUGGCCGAUGAAAUCCUACAGCAGCGUUCGGAAAUCAAUCAGAUAGCCGGAGCACCCGACCCAACUGCUGGACCGAGCGCCGACGACGAACAUACGUGGCACCUGGAUGAGGAACAAGUAUGCGAACAAGUCAAGUCGUACCUGACCCACGGAAGCUACUAUAAUGCCAACAAGCAGCUCAAUUCCCUGUUCGCCAAGGUACGUGAAAUGUUGCGGGCCCAAGAUUCCAACGGCGCUCGCAUGUUGACCCUGAUCACCGAACAGUUCUUGUGCGAUCCCCGGCUGGCCUUAUGGAAGUCGCAGGGCACUCCCAUCACGGACAAAUGCCGGCAGCUCUGGGACCAGCUGGGCGCCCUAUGGGUGUGUAUCGUGUUGAACCCACAUUGCACCAACCAGGACAAGAGCCAGUGGAAGACGCUGCUGGAGAAGUGGACGCACGUGGACAUUUGUCCACCUGAAGACCCCGACAUGUUGGCACUACCUCCGGCUUUUAACGAUAGAAACAACCACCAUGCACCGGCAGAAAACGCAUCCGAUGACGACGUGGACAAUGCCAAUUACAGACCAUCGUCCAGGUCGAGUAGAUCGAGUCCAAGGUACAGGAGCAGUUAUCCAAGCACGAGCCAACGAAUAAACCGAACGAUAUUCCAUAGGGCUCUGGACGCGGUAGGCAUGUCCUGGGACAACAUACACCUGAAGAACAUUUUAUCCAGCGACACGUACAGCAGUCACAUACCGGACAGCACACAAUCUGGCAGUUUCAACUCGUUGGGUCAACCCUUGUGGCACGAACCGUUGGCCACGUGCGCUUCGCGUGUGGACGCUUUGAGGUCUCACGGCCACCACGCGGCCGCCCUGAGAUUAGCCGUAUGCGUGGUGCGUACAAUGAAACAGCAACAACUGGACGCGCAACGGCGGUGGCAGGAGAGCCAAAAACCACCGCCUCGGUGUCCGUCGCGACACUCAAACCCGCCGACCCGGUGCUACGAGCUGCGGCCGGCGCAGUCGUGUUCGUACGACACUUACUCACAGACUAGGCCUUGUUCUUCGCGGUGCGCACCCUGCCCGAUGGUCGGCUACGACAGGCUGUCGUCUCCUUCGUCCGCGUCUUCGCCGUCGUCGUCGUGCAACUUGUCACGGUGCGGCUACAACGACUCCGGCUCGUCUCGUUCCGGAUACGCUAACGCCGGCUGCACCAGUUACAGGUGCACGGCGUUUGCGGACUCGCCUAGGCCCAACUUGUGCACCGCGCCCCGUUGCAACAGCUACUGCACGUACUACGACAAUCACCCGCGGACGCCGGGCCCGUCUUCCGGGUCGGGCUACCGGUACCCGGAACGUACCAACAGCCGUAACGGCUCGCGGAGCAAUUCUAACCAAAACGUGUUGCACAACAGCUGGACGGAAGGAUGGGUCGGUCAUCCCAUGGAUCCGAUCGGCUGUCUGUUCGACACACUGACUGAUGCUUCUAUAGUUCCUGAUCCAAAUGUGCCUCAUUCGUCGUCGUUUUUCGACGCCAACACGUCAGAAGAAGGAGGCAGCCUACGUCCCACCCCCCGUCUCACUCACAUACCGGUGCUCGGUUCUCAAGAUCGAUCUGAAACUUAUCUCUCGCUGGCCGUCGAAGUGGCCCUCAUCGGACUUGGCCAACAGCGUAACAUGCCACCCGGACUAUACGCUCAGGAAAAAGCAUGCAAACAAGAAGACAGACUGAUAGCAAAACUCCAAGAGCUCGAUAUGGAUACGAACCUGGUCGGUGUGCUUAGGAGACAAGCCAUCGUUCUUUUGGACGGCGGUCCUACCAGUGGCUUGGGUUUGGGCGUGCACAGAGACAGCAUACCCAUGCAUACGUUCGCCAGAUUCUUGUUCGUCGCUUUGCUCGACUACUAUCCGGACUUGGCCUAUGAAGUCGGUCUGCGCGCCAUGAGGUUGCCCAUCUUAGAAGACCAUGAAGAUUCGGACAAUCCAAACGGCAAUCCGUCGUCGGUGAUGUUGAACCGCUACCCUCGCUGGUUCACUCUGGGUCACAUCGAAACUCAACAGUGUACUUUAGCUUCGACCAUGCUGAGUGCUGCCAAAGGGGAACUACUCCGACUGAGAACGGUAUUGGAAUCGGCGCAAAGACACAUACACAGUUCGUCGCACUUGUUCAAACUGGCCCAAGACGCUUUUCGAUUUGCAACUCCUGAGAAUGGACCCAGACACCCUCCUCUGUUGACCGUCGCCUUCGAACUGGGACUGCAAGUUAUGCGAAUUACCUUGGCGUCUUUGAAUUGGAGAAGACGUGAGAUGGUUCGAUGGUUGGUCACUUGUGCCACUGAAGUGGGCAUGGAUGCUUUAACGUCGGUCAUGCAAAAUUGGUUCCAACUGUUUACGCCCACGGAAGCUACAGGACCCGUUGCCACGACCAUCAUGUCUCACAGCACUAUGAUGCGGUUGAAUUUAUCAUUUGAACAACAAGAACAGUUAUCUAGCUACGCUCGUACAUUGGCUCUUCAGUGCGCUUCUAAAGACCCUCCUAACUGUGCUCUGAACGCGUUGACAUUGUGUGAGAAUGACGCAACUGCGUUUGAAGCGGCUUAUCAAAUCGUGUUGGAUGCCGCUUCUCACAUAAUGACUUCCUCUCAACUGUUCACCAUAGCCAGAUACAUGGAACACCGCGGGUACCCUAACAGAGCAUACAAACUUGCAAUGUUGGCUAUGAAAAACGUCCAUUUAGCAUACAAUCAGGACACCCAUCCGGCCAUCAAUGAUAUACACUGGGCUUGCGCACUCAGCCACUCGUUGGGCAAAAAUGAACUUGCCACCAUGAUACCAUUGCUGGUUAAGAACGUUCAGUGUGCCACCGUAUUAUCAGACAUUUUGCGUCGUUGUUCAAUGACUCCUCCGGGAAUGACUUGUGCUCACACCUUGCCGCCACCCGACAGUAAACAUCACCACCACCACCAUCAUCACCAUCAUCACCACCAUCACCAUCGCAACAAUGGUAACAGUUCUUCUCGUUGUAGCAUGAUGAAAGGUCUAUCCUAUGAACGCGCCCCAUUGCGUAUACUGUUGGAAGCGGCCGUUGCGGCUUACGUUAACACCACCCAUUCAAGGCUAACACACAUAUCCCCUCGACACUACGCUGACUUCAUCGAGUUCUUAGGCAAGGCAAGGGACACUUUUCUAUUGGCUCAUGAUGGCCAUGCACAAUUUGCACAGUUGCUGGACAACAUGAAGCUGGCAUACAAAGGCAAAAAGAAACUUAUGUUCCUGGUCAAGGAGCGCUUCGGGUGACUAGGACACAGCGCGGUGACGCCUUUCCGCAGAUGAAGUGUAUUCAUACAUAUUACUCGGUUAGACAAAGUAUAAGACACCGCGCUUAACUGAAGUCAUCGGUGAAGUUACCUAAUAUAUAUAUAUAUAUUUAUGUAUAAAAGAAACAACAACCUAUGAACUUCUUUUUAAUUUGAUCUAUUUGUGUCUACAUUUACUUUACCCAUUUUUAAUUCAGGUAACCUGUUGAGUUACCAUCUGAGUAUGAUACAUAUACAUAUUUUUACAGAUGACUCAUUUUACCUGUAAAUAAACAUUUUCCAUGACAACCAAUUGUAAGCCGUAUAGGGGGAAAAUAUCCACACUAUUCUCUUUUUUUUUUUAUUCUAAGUAUAAUGGGUAUGACCAAAUAUAAUAAUUAUUUCUAGAAAUUUAAACACUAAUGAUUAUUAUUUUUAUUUGUAAUUAUUUUAUUUAAUAAUUGUUGACUGUGAUUGGAUCAAACAAACUCGAGCAAUGUCAUCUAAGUUUUUAUUCUAACAAAACUUGUAUUUAUUAUGAUUUUUUUCAUAAAUAUUUUUUUUUCAAAUAACUACUUUUAUGAGUAAUGUUAAGUUUGUUUGGUACUUUUAUAAUUUCCUAUCAGUUUUAGUUUUACAUAAUGGAAAAAAACCGAUUCUGUAUUGUAUUUUGUACAAUUACCAAAAGUAUGUGCAAACUACAUUACGUAUUCGCUCAUGUAACUACAACCGUUUUUUAUUUAUACAAAACAAAAAACUGGUCUCCGAUUUUAUUUUAGUUUUUUAGUAUUAUAGUGCAUCAUUAUACUUUUGUGUAAUAAUAUACAUGUAUGUAGUUUGUAUUCUUCAUUGCUAUGUAUUGAAUGAGUUUUAUUAUUAAUAUUUUUUUUUUUUUUACGUAUGCUUGUACAAUUUACAUUUAAGUAUACAUAUUAUGUGUAUGUUACCCCUUUGUAUUUGUGCAAUCUGAAUCUAUUUUUUUUAUUAUUAUUAUUAUUAUUGUUAUUAUUUUUUUUUUUGAAAUUACUUUUUGCGUGUUUUUGCGUGAGUGUUUUUUUUUAAGUAACGUGUGAUUAAAAAAAAUAUUUUUCUUAAACUGACGCCCUGCAUAAGGGCAAAAUUGAUAACAAUGUUAUUAAUCAUUAUUAAAAAUAAGAGAAAAAGUCUUUGUUCCAAAAAUGAACACAUAAUUCCCAUAAUAUAAUAUUAUAUCCAUCAAAGCAAUAUUAUAAUAGUAAUAAAUAAUAUUAAUCAAAUAUGAAUUUAUAUUUUUUUCUUUUUAUUUAUAUUAUGACUUAAGACUGUUGAAUUGUAUUUUUUUAGUGUAGUAAUAUUUUUUUGUAUUUUUACGAUAAUAAUAUUUAAUAUGCAAACUAAAAAUUUUCUUUAUUCAAAACUAAUCCCACGUUAUAUUUAGUUUUUUUAGAUUGUAGUCUACUUACUAGAUAUAGAAAUAAUCUAUUUUUUCUAAUUAUUGUAGUUUAAAAAAUUGUACAUUUUUGUACAGAAUUUUAAAAUGAAAGAUUUAAUGAUAAAAAUAAAUACAUAUAUUUUGUAAGACCAAUUUGUAUAAAAUAUAAAUUUUAAUAAUAAGCAAUGACAAACAAAAAUGUAUAUCAAAAUGAUAAAAAAGAUAUCAGUUGUACAAAACUAGGUUACCUAAUAAUAUUAGGCCUAAUUUUGUAAGAGAAAAAUUGACUUUUUGUGUUUAUUUUAUUACCAGCGUGUAAUUUUCAAUAUAAUAUAUUCUUUUAUUCAUUUUUUUUUUUAAUUUUGCUCAAUUAGAUAACAUUUUAUUUGGAUAUACUAUUAUUACUCGUGUAAAAUGAAAAAGUAUUAUCUCAAAUGUUACAUUGAAACAUGUUAAAUUACUUUCAAUCAAUGUUAAAUGAACAACAGCCCACCUAUAUAAUUUAUUAUUAAGAUAGUUGUCGCUAUGGUACCCGGUAUACAUACACCAUUAUGUCGAUUAAGUAUAACUUUUUUGCAUUAAAAAUCAUAAAUUAAGGAGUCUUAGAAGUAGCUAGUAGAAGUAAUAAAUUAUAAUAGUUAAGAAAAAAAGGAGAAUAAACGAUACUAUUUUAUUGACUGAUACCCAUUUAUUUAAAUUUAUAUUGAAUAUAACUUUUUGUACUAACAUAAUUUAUAUAUUAAGUCCCAUUGUGGACUAGGUACCAUAGCAAAUGUAAUUGCGCUUUAAAAUGUAUUAAGUCAGAAACAGUGUUCACCUGUCCCAUUUUCAGUGACUAGAUUAUAAAACAAUAGCCUCUAUAUAAUGUAUUGUAUUUUUUAAUUUAUGAUUACAAUAAUAAUUAAGUCUGUGUAUACAUUGAUAUAUAUAUAUAUAUAUAUAUAUUUUUUUUUUUAUUACUAUAAUACUAUUAAGAUCUCAGUUAAGUGUUACAAAUAUGCUGCGACUUGAUGAAUCAUACAUAAUCUAUAUAUUUUUUUUUGUAUUAUUGAAAUAACACAUUUAUCCUGUGUAUCUUUUUAGUUUUAAAAGAAAACCAAUUUACAAAAAACUAAUAAAUAAUUUGAAGAAAAUAUGCUGCAAGUCACUCUAAAAAAAAUAGUAAGACAAUGUUUAUUAUAUUACCAUGUUCCGUUUUACCUAAAACGUCAAGCUAAUUUUAAACACAAUGUUACUAGAAAUUAUUAAAAGGCACAAUAUACUAAAUUUCUAUAAUAAUAAUAACAUAUUGACAAUACAAUUUGUUUUCAACAAUUGCAAGAGAAUCUUCAGUUAAACUAAAAGUAAUUGAGACGAUUCAUGAUAGAUAAAUUUAUAUCAUUUUUUCAGUACUAAAUAAAUUGUGAAUAACGUUUAAAAUAAAAUGAUAUCAAGUUGUUUUUGUUCAUCAUUUAGGUAAUAAACUAUAACUAUUGGCCAACCAUUUGAUACUAUGAGUAUCUUAAACUGUUGAUUACUUAUAACCCGUUCAGAUUAAUUUUUUCCAAUUCUACAUAAUGCAUAAAUUACUAAUAUGCAAUUUAUCAUUUCCUAUAAGCGUGUGUAAAAUUUUAAAUAAAUUUUAAAAAAUAACUUACUGUAUGUUGGAAUAU